AUGGCACAAAGUACAACAGGCUCAAUUUCACCAUCUACACAAAACCCACACUCCCAAUCACCGGCAAACACCUAUGGAAAUGGAGCAGCAACUGUACGGCCAUCGGGUGUACGGACUGUGAGUUCUGAGAAGCCUGGAACUUCACUCAACCUGGCUAUACCUACAAUAAAUUCGAAUGGAAUCAGGAGCAAUGUAUCGAAUGAGGCAGUCGACUAUAUGAACGACGGCGUUGCACACAACACACCCAUAAUGCCUAUGUCCGACGCAGGCUCUCCUGGGAUGGCCAUCAAUCAUGCCGCGACCAACUUAUCCCCUAUUCCUCCCCCAUCGUCGUUCUCUCACGAGAGUCACCCCGCAAUAAACGGCAUAUCAACUCCGCCUGACAGACGUAGCGUAUCAUUCGCAAGAGAUAUGACCAUCGCUGAACCCUCGAGUUCUGCACGACAAGAUUCAUGGGGAGUAGAAGAUGGUGAUACGCCAGCGAGAGAUAGGAGAGGUCCGUCUUUAAUAUCAAAAUUAAAGGCGUUGGCUAUCCCGAGUGGAAUGCAGGGUCAUGGGAGAAGUCAAAGCACCCCCACGAAUUACAUUGAUGAAGGACUCGGAACGACACCAAUUCCUACAAAUAUCCCACAAACAUUACACGAGGAAAGUAGCGAUGCUGAUGCAGAAGAAACCGCCGAUGAGGGACCAUUCAAUCAACCGACGCGCAUAAGAAAGAAACGCCGAACUCGAAGACCGCAAGAGAAUGUGAGCAUGCCCAACACACCCAGAAUUCUUGGCUCUAUGCCAACAGAUUCCCCGAGCGGGAAUAGGUCUUUUUUCUUGGGUAGACGUACAACCGAUGGGUCAUUAGAACAAAGGGGGCAUUUGUCGGAGGGAGAAGGUCGUGAUCGUUUUGCGAAGCAGAGUGCGUGGAUACGAGGGGGUUCAUGGAUGCCAGGUCGGGGAUCAAUUGCUGAUAACUCACCGCAAGCACAAGAUUUUGCAAAUGCUGAUGGUACAAGAUCAAAAAGACCAAGUCAAUUCAGAAGAAUGACAGGACUAGGGGGGCAGAGCGAGGGCGAAGCGCAGACACCUAGAAGGCCAGGGUAUUUUGGUGGAGAAAGAGCUAGCACUUUUGGAACGCAGAAAUGGCGGAUGUUAAAGCAUAGCAUGAAAUUCUUCGGCGGCAAGGGAAAAAAGGAAGACAAGAUUGACUAUCUCAAAUCUACUGAACUGAUGGCGGAAUUACGAGCUGUAACUCCAGCAGUGCUCAUGAUUGCUAGCAUGAUGCAACGAGAUGAGCACGGAAACAAAAGAAUCCCAGUCCUUCUUGAGCAACUGAAGAUCGAAAUCACGGACAGCAAACCUACCGACGAUGAUGCGGAUGACACGGAGAGGCAUCUUGUUUUCCGAAUCGAGCUUGAAUAUGGAAGUGGUCCAAAUCGAAUGAAGUGGAUAAUUCACCGUUCUCUCAAAGACUUCGCCAACCUACAUCUACGUUACAAGCUUCAAGGAAGCAGUGACAAGUACAUCGGGAACGAAGCCCAUGCACGACCAAAACAACCGAGGUUUCCAAAAUCCGCAUUCCCUUACUUUAGAGGUGUUCGAGGUCUAGGGGAGAGUGAUGAGGAUGAGGCCGACAACGUCCGUGCGGAAGAGACCGCCGGCGAGGCCACUCACGGCGAGGCCACUCAAAGUGAGGCGGAGCCAAAACGAAAGAUCAAGAGGCGUCCAUCCAUGAGUGCCGCCCGGAAAAGUACCCGUGCCAUCUUGGAUGCUAGCGGAAAUGUAGUCAGUGUCGAAAAACAGAAGAGGAUAUUCAACGAACGUCAGCGAAGGAGAUUAGAGCAGUAUCUUCAAGAGAUGAUUCGAUGGCUCAUAUUUAGAGCGGAUAGCAAUCGUCUUUGCAGAUUCUUAGAAUUAUCUUCCAUGGGAGUACGCUUAGCGGCUGAGGGCAGCUAUCAUGGAAAGGAGGGUUACCUCGCUAUUCAAUCGUCAAAGGGUUUGGAUGUCAGGAGAAUCCUUAUGCCUAAUAACUUCUUCCAACGGCAUUCUCCAAAAUGGUUUUUGGUAAGACACAGUUAUCUUGUAUGUGUUGAAUCACCAGAAAACAUGCACAUCUACGAUGUGUAUUUGGUGGAUGGAAAGUUUGAAAUACAAAAAAAGAGGAGAAAGAUAUCUGAUAUGGGCAAAGGAAAAGCGAAAGCGAAAGAGGAUGCUUCGCAAGCAGGUAGAUCUGCUAAGCACCCUCAACACCAUAGUCUCAAACUUCAAAAUUCCGAGCGCAAGAUAAAGUUACUGGCCAAGAACGAACGUCAACUCAGACAGUUUGAGGAGUCGUUGAAAUAUAUGGCGGCUAACACACCAUGGGCAAAGGAACACAGAUUUGGCAGUUUUGCACCAGUGAGAACUGGAGUGACGGCCCAGUGGCUCGUGGAUGGCCGCGACUAUAUGUGGAACGUCUCUCGAGCAAUCAAUGAAGCAAAGGAUGUGAUAUAUAUUCACGAUUGGUGGCUCAGUCCUCAAUUAUACAUGCGAAGACCUGCUGCCAUCAGUCAGAAAUGGCGCCUUGAUCGUUUGCUACAGAAGAAAGCUAGAGAAGGAGUUAAGGUUUUUAUCAUUGUCUACAGAAAUGUUGAGGCUGCCAUUCCUAUCGAUUCCGAAUUCACAAAGUUCUCUAUGCUGGAUUUGCAUCCAAACAUAUUUGUGCAAAGAUCACCCAAUCAGUUCAAGAAGAAUCAAUUCUUCUUUGCGCACCACGAAAAGAUCUGCAUCGUUGAUCACAUAGUCGCCUUUGUAGGAGGUAUUGAUCUUUGCUUUGGUCGUUGGGACACACCUCAGCAUUCUGUGGUGGACGAUAAACCUACAGGUUUUGAGCAUUCCGAUUCACCCAAAGAUGCCGAUCAUUGCCAGCUCUGGCCCGGAAAAGACUACUCCAAUCCUCGUGUUCAAGAUUUCUAUAAACUCAAUGAACCUUAUGCAGAAAUGUAUGAUCGUUCAAAGACUCCUCGGAUGCCUUGGCACGAUGUUGCCAUGCAAAUUGCCGGUCAACCUGCCAGAGAUUUGACUAGACACUUUGUGCAAAGAUGGAACUAUGUCCUUCGAGGUCGCACGCCUACGAGGCCAACACCCUUUCUCCUUCCACCUCCUGAUUACAAUCAGGCCGAGCUGGAAGAUCUUGGUCUCACGGGUACUUGUGAAGUUCAAAUCUUACGAUCAGCCUGCGAUUGGUCUCUAGGUCUCAUGGAUACCGAGCAUAGCAUCAUGACUGCCUAUUGCAAGAUGAUCGAAGAGUCGGACCAUUUCGUUUAUAUGGAGAAUCAAUUCUUCAUCACAAGCUGUGAGACGAUGAAUGUCAAGAUUGUCAAUAAGAUUGGCGAUGCAAUCGUGGAACGUGCCAUACGCGCCUAUCGAAACAAUGAAAGCUGGAAAUGUGUGAUCCUCAUACCGCUCAUGCCUGGAUUCCAGAAUACAGUGGAUGAACCCGAGGGGACAAGUAUACGCUUGAUUAUGCAAUGUCAAUUUCGAAGUAUUUGUCGUGGCGAUGGAUCUAUAUUUGGCCGAUUAAAAAGUCAAGGUAUUGAUCCAGAGGAGUUUAUACAAUUCUAUAGCUUGAGAACCUGGGGUCGAAUUGGUCCAAAGAAAAUGGUCGUCACAGAACAAUUGUACAUUCACGCGAAAGUCAUCAUUGUCGAUGACAGAAUUGCUCUGAUUGGUUCUGCAAACAUUAACGAGAGAUCCAUGUUGGGAAACAGAGACUCGGAAACCGCAGCAGUUGUUCGAGAUACUGAUAUGAUAUGGUCAACAAUGGAUGGUAAACCGUAUCUUGUCGGAAAGUUUGCUCACGAAUUACGCAUGCGCCUUAUGAGGGAACAUCUGGGAUUGGACGUGGAUGAGAUCAUGGAAGACGAGAAAACUCAUGAAUUGGACCGCGAAGAAGAGGAGUUCAAAGCACAGAUGGACGGCAUAUACGACGACGAAGAAGAAGAUAGCGAUAGUCCAUCGCCGGCUAAAGGGGUUUCCAAUGAAUUUUCUACUCGUGUUGCCUUGAAUGAGAACUUACGCAGCUUCAACCAUGAUGUUGAUUGGGAGCAAGCAGGCAAUCCCAACAUACAGCCUGAGAGAUUGAAGCCACUCACCACGGAUAAGAGAGUUACUAAUAAUGCGGCUCAUGCAGCAGAUGUGGAUGGUGACGGUCAUGACAAACUAAAAUCUCUGUCACAGAUAGGACAAACGAGGGGUAGAGAUUCUGUUCUUGUCGAAGGCGGCCGUGAAGUGUUGAUCACUGAUGUUGCUGCAGAAGGCAAAGGCACACUAAAGCAACCCAAAAGACCACAUUCACGAUCUAUACCCCUUCCAAGAAAAAAUAGCUCUGAUAGCGGUGACGGCUACAAUGGCUUACCGCCUGCGCCUCAUUUGCCAAGAAGAACGACAGAGCAACUUGGUCUUUCGCAGCUCUCUCAACUACCGGCAUUACCAGUCGUGGAUGAUACCGAUAUUGGUGGCCCGCCGAUAACGAUAGAUGCUUCCGGAAAUGCUGCACCCAAACCUUUCAAUCCCCUAACGGCUGAUAUCAAGAUGGCCCAAGUACACAAGGACUGUAUGCGUGAUCCCCUAAACGAUGCUUUCGCGGAUGAGAUAUGGCAACAAAUCGCCGAAAACAAUACCAAGAUCUAUCGUAGAGUCUUCAGGUGCAAUCCAGAUAGCGAGGUGACCAACUGGCAUGAGUACAGAGAAUUCGUGGCCUACGCGGAAAGAUUCGUACAAGCACAGGGAGGUGGAAAAACUAAUGAGCGAGAGGGACAAGACGCUCAAAGUAGACAUGGUCCUCCAGGUUCAAGCUCUGUUGGUCCAGGGGGCGUUCUCUCCGAGAAACUAAAAGCUAAUGGGCAAGGCGGUGCCCAUCCUCUAGGAACGGUGUCUGAAUGGGUUGCCAGCGCUAAUGCUGAGCAUGAUGCUCGAGCCAAUAAUACAUCUGACGAAAGUCGUCUGGGUCAAUACGAUGGUACCGACGAGAAAGCCGCUGCUCGUAAUGAAGCGGCAUCUUUAGAUGGCCCAGCAGGCAACGAAGCUUUCCCUGCUCUCGACGCUACGGCCCUGGGUGUCCCUCCAACUAAUGGGACGACCUCUCAAGCAAGCACUCGCAAAGCCACCUUCUCUACUACACCAACACCUAGCGAUAGAAAAGAGAACAGCAGUUCUAUGAAUCAGCCCGGAUCAGUGAGGAAGAGGCGUCGUGGUACCACGAGAGGUAGCCGUAAGGGCUUUUCAGGAAGUGAUGACCUACUCUCCAAAGAUGAUAUUGAGGAUCUAUUAGCCAUGAUACAAGGUCAUCUUGUCGUAUUCCCUUACGAUUGGCUCAUCAAGGAAGAACUCAACUCCAAUUGGCUUUACCAGGUCGACCAAGUUGCUCCUCUACAAAUUUAUAACUAG